AUGCUCCGCGCCCGGCUGCCCACGGCUCUGCUGCGGAGCAUCGGUGGCACGUACGUAUCCCGGUCCCGGGGACCCCCCCGAGCCCCCCAGGAGCCGUCCCGCCCCCCGGCCGUGCCCCCCGGCUCUGGGGGUCCUGCCCCCCCCGCGCCGGCGUGGAUUUACCGCCCGUGGCGGGGGCCGAGCUGUUCUCUCCGCAGCACCGCGCACCUGGUCCGGACGCUGGACGCCAUGUUGUGGAAACUAGCAGAUAAUGUCAAGUACGAAGAGGACUGCGAGCCCCACCGGCAGAGCCAGGAGCCGGCGGCGCUGGCCCCGCACGGCCGCCCCGGGCUGGUGCCGCACCUCUCGGCGCUGGAGAGCGGCUCUGCCGCCAGCCGCAGGGAGACUUUCCGCCGCUCCGAGCUGCUGCUGCCCCACGGGCACGGGCUGGACGCCUCGGCGCUGGCCGAUAACCUGGGCCUGCACGAUAUGGCCCAUCAGAUGGAGGAGGUGCAGAAUGUGGAAGACCAACACUUACUAAUGCAUGACCAGACAGUCAUUAGAAAAGGUCCCAUCUCCCUAACGAAAAACAGCGCUCUGAGCCUGCCCUGCCAGAAGGAUGGAUUAAUUGGGGUGGUGAUCAACCCCAACGAGGUGUUCUGCUCGGUGCCAGGGCGGCUCUCCCUGCUCAGCUCCACCUCCAAGUACAAAGUGACCGUGGCAGAGGUGCAGAGGCGGCUCUCGCCCCCGGAGUGUCUCAACGCCUCCCUGCUGGGAGGAGUCCUGCGGAGAGCCAAAUCUAAAAAUGGUGGCAGAUCUUUAAGGGAAAAACUGGAUAAAAUUGGCUUGAAUCUUCCUGCUGGCAGAAGGAAAGCUGCAAAUGUGACACUAUUGACAUCUUUGGUGGAAGGUGAAGCUGUGCAUCUUGCUCGUGACUUUGGCUACGUGUGUGAGACAGAAUUUCCUUCCAAAGCAGUGGCUGAGUAUUUAACCCGACCACACAUGGGCCGCAACGAAAUGGCAAACAGGAAGAACAUGCUUCUUGCUGCAAAGCAGAUCUGUAAGGAAUUCACAGACCUCCUCACUCAGGACAGAACUCCCCUUGGAAACACAAGACCCAGCCCCAUCUUGGACCCUGGCAUCCAGGGCUGCUUGACUCAUUUCAGCCUGAUCACACAUGGCUUUGGGAGCGCUGCCAUCUGUGCUGCCAUGACAUCCGUCCAGAACUACCUAAACGAGGCGUUAAAAAUUGCAGACAAAUCCUACAUGAACGAGCAGAGCCCCGCAGAGAGCAACAAAACCCUGGACAAAAUGGACAAGCACAGGAAGUGAAAGGAAAACCAGACUUUGCCCUUCCUCCUACACACAGACUGAGAUCUUCUUGCCAGGGGGAACGUAGAAAAUUGGG